AUGUUGAAGCAGAAGGAAGAUGUUCUUCUUAUGGCUAAGCAUGUCAGGUACAAGAAAGUGGAUGGUACGCUUUACGUCAACUCUGGAAGAGUGGCAUGGCGUAAUCAAACAUCUGACAGUUUUCGGAUAAGUGCUAAAUUUGAGGAUAUAAGGUUACAGCGAAUUAGUCCUGACCAGAAAGAAAAGGUCCAGCUACAGUUACUAAUGCACAGUGGUGAAUCAUUCACAUUUCAGUUCUCCGAUCCCGGUGGCAGAGAAAAACAAUUGGAAAUGCGCAACAACGUCAAGACAAUGCUACAGAACUUGCUGCCCAAAUUUAAAGACAAGGCUCAGGCAGAAUUGAAGGAAAAAUUCCGACUUCUAGAAUCCAAUCCUGAAAUUUUGGCAUUAUACAAAGAGUUGGUAGUCAGUGGUAUUCUUAGUUCUGAAGAGUUCUGGGCUCGACCAGAGUUUUCACACAGUAGUAACAGUUCAUCAAAAUGCUCCAGUAAUGUCAAAACUAAUUCCAAAGUCCCACCAGCUGCAACAACAACAGCAUCAGAAACAGUCGGAAGUAACACAUCUGAGGUGUCAAACACCAUUCCUUCAAACGGUCCUACCAGUCAAAUUUCUCGCAGUUUUCAUUUGGAUGAACGACCUCAAGUUGUUGGAGUCCCCAGCUGCCUUUUGAGUGAUAUUAAACCUGAAGCAGAUGGUGCUAAUGGGAUAAAAUACAAUCUUACUCAUGAUACUAUAGAUGCUAUUUUUCGGGCUUAUCCUUCUGUCCGAGAAAAACAUAGAGAAACAGUACCAGAUAAGCUAUCGGAAGCUGAAUUCUGGAUAAAGUUUUUCCAGUCUCACUAUUUCCAUCGCGACCGUGUUCAUAUGCCGAAAGAUGAUAUAUUUGCGGACUGUGCUAAAAUGGAUGAUCGUCUUUUGAUGAGUGAUAUACGCAGGACAAGAGUCAAUAAAAAUAAUGUACACCUUGAUUUACUUAAUCUUACCGACUAUGAUAUAGGACAAGGUUAUGGAACUGAUCAAAUAUCCAGCCAAUCAAAAACAAAAGUGAUUGACCCAACAAGUUCAAAUGGAAACGCAGAGAAUACAAUAACUGAACCAACACCAUGUAAAUUAUCUGCUAAUCAGUUGUUGCUUCGUCGUUUUAACAACCAUUCAAUACUUGUUUUAAAGUCUCUCGGUUCAAAUGAGACAUCUCAGGGUUCAAAGGACAUCCUGAAUUCGUGUCCACUAAAAGACAGUGUAUAUGUUAAAGAAUUGGUAGAAGAUCAAAAUCCUCCAGAAAUCCAGUUGGACUUAACUUGUGUGAGUGACUAUUUAGAGGGCCCAACAUCAAGUAAAGCAGAAAAAGCAACGAAGUUAGUGGAUCCAUUAUUAGCCCCUCGGCAAACUGAUACUUCUGUUUCAAGAGUACAACUAAUCAAAGCGCUUAACAAAUGUAAAAAUUCGUUAUUAGAGGCUUAUCAGGCUCCAAAAAGACCGCGUUCGUCACUUCUCACCGCAGUUGAAUCACAGCAGGCACUGGCAGAUGUUUCUCCCGGGGGUUGCCUAAUAGGUGGAAAACUUAGUAGUGGCCGUUCAAAAGCGAAUGCCUUAACUGGUGAUCAAUCCUUGCAUCUAUUUGAGCAUGAGUUGAGUAGCCGUAUGUCAAAUUCCCAGAGGGCUUGUGAUGAACACCAUGCUGGUGACAGUGUUGAUCGAGGCCCACCGUUGCUAAGUUCCGAGCAGGUUCGAGAGCUAUCACUUUUGUAUUCUAGCGCUGCCGAACUUUUGAGACAUUUUUGGGCGUGUUUCCCAGUAACAACACCACAGCUAGCUGAAAAAUUGGAUCGUGUUGCUGCAAGCUUAGUUCGUUUUCGGACUACUAAGGUAGUCCAUUUUGCUGCUAGUGUUGAUCCCUCCUUUAGAAGCAACAUGGAUGAUCCUUCUGAAGAAUUAUCCAAUAGAAGAGAUCCCAGUGUAAUUUCUUACCGGUCGAGUGUCACUAGCCACCUGGAGUCAAUGUUAGACGUCGCUCAAAAUAAAUAUUCCGAUUGGAAAAAUCGACAUCAAUAG